AUGGACCAUAUUAAAUAUAAACAUCAAAAAAUUAAAACGGAAAUUCAACUAAAUGAGGAAUUUAUUGAGGACCUUAUUAAAUUUGAACAGCAAUUACACACAGAAGUAAUUAUUAAAGAAGAAAUAUUAGAUGAAAAUGAUAUAAAUAUACAAAAAGAGAAAAAAUUAUCUUGUGAUGUUGGUGAGAACCGGAUUAAAAUCGAAAAACAAGUAAAAAAUGAAUAUCCAGAAAAUCAAACCGAACAAACAUUCGAUUGCUAUAAUAAUGACGAACACGUUAAAAAUAUACAAAAUAAAUCUGCGAGUAAUAAAUUAACAACGCAUAAACGACUUCAUACUGGAGAAAAACCGUAUUCAUGCGACGUAUGUGAUAAAAGUUUUAACCGAGCAAAUGGUUUAGUUCUCCACAAACGGAUACAUACUGGAGAGAAACCUUAUGCAUGUAACGUUUGUGAUAAAUCAUUUAAACUCGAAUUUACUCUCCGUUACCAUAAACGAAUCCAUACCGGAGAGAAACCUUAUGCAUGUGACAUCUGUAAUCAAAAAUUCAGACAACAAUGUACUCUAGAUCGCCAUAAACGAAUACAUACUGCAGACAAACCUUACGCAUGUAACGUUUGUGAUAAAUCAUUUAAACUCGAACUUACUCUCCGUUACCAUAAACGAAUCCAUACGGGAGAGAAACCUUAUGCAUGUGACAUCUGUAAUCAAAAAUUCAGACAACAAGGUAAUCUACAUCGCCAUAAACGAAUACAUACUGGAGAGAAACCUUUUUCAUGUGAUUUCUGUGGUAAAUCAUUUAGCCACCAAACUAGUUUACGAAUUCAUAAACGAUUACAUACGGGGGAGAAACCUUUUUCAUGCGAGGUUUGUGAUAAAACAUUUAACAACAACGAUCAUUUACGUCUUCAUAAACGAACUCAUACUAGAGAGAAACCUUAUUCAUGUGACGUAUGCGAUAAAACUUUUGGCCAGCGAAGUAAUUUAAUUUUUCAUAAACGAGUACAUACGGGAGAGAAACCUUAUUCAUGUGACGUUUGUGAUAAAACAUUCAGUCGUAGAAAUACUUUACGUUUCCAUAAACAAAUACAUACAGGGGAGAAAUCUUAUUCAUGCGACGUAUGUAAUAAAUCAUUUUCCUGGCGAAGUAAUUUACUUUUUCAUAAACACACACAUGCUGGAACUUAUUCAUGCGACGUUUGUUUUAAAACAUUCAACCAGCAAGAUAGUUUACUACGCCAUAAACGAAUACAUAAUGUAAAGAAAGCUUAUUCAUGUGACGUUUGUGAUCAAUCAUUUACUCAAAAAUACAACUUAAUUCGUCAUGAACAAUUGCAUACUGGAAAAAAAUCUUAUUCUUGUAAGGUUUGUGAUAGAACAUUUUCACAAAAAUAUAACUUAAAUCGCCAUGAAGAUUUACAUAGUGGAGAGAAACCUUAUUCAUGCGACGUUUGUGAUAAAUCAUUUGCCCAGAAAAGUUAUUUAGCUAAACAUAAACUACUUCAUUCAAAUGUGUAACUAUUUUCGUAUUUUACUCACUCGUAUCCACUUGAUAACUAAAACCAAUCCAAAAGCAUGCUCAAAUUGUGGAGUAAUAGUGACUGUACAACAUAUAAUGGUGGAAUAUGAGAGCCUCCAACAGCAAAGAAGAAUUGGGGGUCUGUCAAAUAUUAUCAACAUUUUAUUUACAGAAGUGUCUCCGAACCAUCUUAUUGAAUAAUAUUAAAUUUAUUAUAGUUUUGUAAAUAUUAAUCGAUGUUGAAA